AUGUCGCGAGCAGUUCACUUCUCAGCAGUUAUCGUUGGCCUCAUUGCCAUGGUUAGCGCUCAUGGAUUCGGUAGAGGACUAUUCGGCCACCCACCACCUCCACCAUGUGGACUUCCACCGUUCGUUGAUGAUCUACCAGCAGAUGCACAGAAGAAGCUGAGAGAAAUCUGGGCGGAUUACAAAGAAGGCGAGAAAUGCUACCAUCAACAUGGUCUUACCAGAGAACUCAUGGACUCACUUCCGGAUGACGUCCGUAGGGAGAUUCACAAAGGUGCUUUCCUACCGCCACCGUUGAAGAAGGCUCCAAAGGAUAUUCAGGAUCAGUUCAAAGCAAUUAUGCAAGAUAAGAGCAUACCUUUUGAGGAUAAGCCCAAGAAAAUGCAUGAACUUGCUCAAAAGAUAUUGAAAGGAGACAUGCUGAAGGAGUUCAACGAUUUCCACAAUAAAAUGGAGGAACAUAAAAAAACAAUCGCCGAAAAGGCCGAAAAACUCUCACCUGAAGCGAAAGAGGCUUACGACAAAAUCGGAAAACUUGAGAAGGAAAAACAUGAAAUAAUUCAUAAACUUAGCGAACCUGCACAACAAGAACUGUUCGAGCUGUAUCGGGAGAGACGCGACAAGUUCCCAAAACCUCUGUAA